UCACGGAGGGGCGGAGUCAGGAACGUUCAAAACACAGCUUGCCCUCAAUCCUCCUCGAUUUUUUUUUUUUGCUUCCUGCCUUUUUUGCGCUUAUUUUCGCCACUGCCCCAGUUAUUUGAAGUAAUUCGCGCUUUAUCGCCUUUUGUUUUAUUUGCUCUUUUAUUAUAAUGCGGCUGCUUUCCGUAUAUUCCCCCCGAAAUACGUUUUUUUCCCCGGGAUUGUAUUCUCUAACAGCUCCCUACUGUUUGCGUGUUUGUUGCUUUCGGUGAAUAUGGACUGAUAUAUGGACUUAUAGAAAAACUAUAAAUGCACCGGCCGUCGAAAGGAUACCCUGCGUUUGAAACCGAAGUGGAGUGUGUGCCCUGGGUGCAGCCUGUCCCGUGCUGUAGCGGCGAUGAAGAACCCAGGAACCGCGGAGAGCCGCCGGCUGGUCGGCCUGCUGGAGGCCGCUCUGCUCAGGGAGGCUCGCCUCUGGAAGGCGCCUGUCUUCAAGAAUGGAUGCAUCCAGGGCACAGACAUCUCUUCAUCCCAGCACCAAGCGGUUAUCCUUUGGCUCGGAGAGAUGAAUAGGCUUUUCCAGUUCUGUCCAGAGACCUUUGCCCUGGGAGUCUGUGUCCUCAACCGACUGCUGUCUACUGUCAAGGCCCAACCAAAAUACCUGAAAUGCAUUGCUUUCACCUCAUUGGUCCUGGCUGCCAAAAUCAACGAGGAAGAUGAGGUAUUAGGUUCUGUUCAAGACCUGGUUGUGCAGAGCGGAUGCAACUUUUCAACAGCGGAGAUUCUUCGCAUGGAGAGGAUCAUUCUAGACAAGCUGCACUGGGACUUGUACACGGCAUCGCCAGUCGACUUCAUUCACAUAGUAAGUUAGCAGAUAGACAGGCAAUUUUUUUUUUUUUUUUUUGGUUUUUGUUUACUGGAUCUGAGUUGUCAAGAGCAUUUUGUAGUGAGCUGGCUGGACUUUGAAAUGCUUUGUCAAUUCAGGUCCUGGUCUUGCCUAAAAACACAGCAGAACAAAAGCACACAGUAAAGCAUCACGCUUGCAUCAUGUUUGCUUUAAGAUGGUGUUUCGCUAACAACCCCCUGCCCCCUCAGCAAAGAAUUGGUCCUCAAUCAGUAGAGAUUGUGCAUUCAUUUGAUUUAACUCAUUGUGCCCAUUAUUUCUCACAAUCCACACAAUCUCCAUUCAGUCUUGGUUGGAAUGUGUACUUUCCUUUUUUUUCUUUCUUUUUUUUUGUAUUCACUGUAGCCAAGAAAGGAAAAUAAAACCAUGCUUCUCUCUACUGCGAACAAUCACAUCAAAGAGUCUGAGGAGAGGAUGUGUUGGUUUUACAUUUUGUUUUCCAAUACAUCAGAAUAUAAUUGACUAAAAUAUAAUUACAUAUUGGUUAAUAUUAUGAAAUAUUCUAAUGCAGCCUGACCUCAGCUAUUUAAAAAACAAAAAACAGAUAUUGUAUUGACUUUGCACUCUUGUUGAUG